GCAGUGUGCAAAAUCAAUACCGGUACCGUAUAUGCGAAUUGACCUGGCCUGGGGAAAGUCCUGUGUCGUGCCCCUUUUCGUACUUGAGCUAAGUAAAAAAUAAAGGGUGGUUGAUUGAUACCAAGGGAUAAUGAAAGUCUGCUUGGUUGUUAUCGAUGGCUGGGGUAUCUCAGAGGAUUAUAGAGGCAAUGCUAUCCUGAAUGCUAAGACCCCAGUCAUGGAUGGCCUAUCUGAGCAGUCUGGUGAGUUUGUGUCUCUGGAUGCCUCUGGCCUUGCCGUCGGACUCCCGGAAGGCCUGAUGGGUAACAGUGAGGUCGGUCACCUGACCAUCGGUGCUGGCCGUGCCAUGUACCAGAGUAUCGUGAAGAUCGAUUUGGCGAUCAAGCAAAAGACCCUGUUCAGUCAGAAGGCUUACGUGGAUGCUUGCCAAAGGGCUAAAGCAGGCAACGGCAGGAUGCAUCUUCUGGGUCUGGUAAGUGAUGGUGGAGUGCAUUCCCACAUCAAUCAUCUCUUUGCUCUGCUUGGUGGUAUGAAAGAAGCUGGUGUACCACAGACAUUUGUUCAUUUCUUUGCUGAUGGUAGAGACACAAGCCCUACCAGCGGUGUGAAAUACUUGAAGCAAACUCAAGAUAAGCUUGCUGAACUUCAAUAUGGCUCCCUAGCAACCGUCAUGGGUCGUUACUAUGCAAUGGAUCGAGAUAAACGAGAUGAAAGGAUAAAGGUUGCAUUUGAGGGCUUAGUACAGGGUAUUGGCGAGGCUACAACCAAGGAAAAUGUAAUUCAGUUGGUGCAAUCUCGAUAUGACAAGCAAGGUAGCGAAAGACAAACGGAUGAGUUCUUGACGCCCAUCAUCGUUGAUAAGUCAGGAUGCAUUCGAGACGGUGACACAUUGAUGUUUAUAGACUUCAGGGCUGAUCGAAUGAGGCAGAUCGUCGAGGCGUUUGCCAUCAACCGCAACUUUGAAACGAGUGUUGUCCCCCAGAAUAUUAGUGUGACCUGUAUGACUGAAUACAAAGCAAGUUUCAACCUUCCAGUUAUCUUUCCUCCGGAAACCCCAAAGAACGUCUUAGCAGAGUGGUUAGCAACAAAAAGAAUACCACAGUAUCAUUGUGCAGAGACAGAGAAGUAUGCUCAUGUUACUUUCUUCUUCAAUGGUGGUGUCGAGAAACAGUUUGAUGGGGAAGAAAGGAAGUUGGUUCCCUCGCCCAAGGUCGCGACCUACGACCUUAAACCAGAGAUGAGUGUGCAAGGUGUUGCAGAUGAGGUAGCAUCAGUAGUAAAAUCAAACCGUUUCCCGUUUGUGAUGUGUAACCUCGCCCCUCCUGACAUGGUUGGUCAUACAGGAGUGUAUGAAGCCACUGUCAAGGCUUGUGAAGCCACAGAUGUUGCUAUUGAUACGAUGAGGCAAGCAUGUGCAGAGAGUGGUUAUGCCUUCCUUGUCACUGCUGAUCAUGGUAAUGCAGAGAUCAUGCUUGCCCCCGAUGGUAGCCCGAGCACAAAGCAUACUACAAUGAGAGUACCUUUCAUCAUGAACAACUCUGGGAGGAAGUUCAAGUCUAGUUUUACCCACAAUCCAUCUCUCCAGGACGUAGCACCAACGGUACUCAGUUUAAUGGAUACUGACAUCCCCCCGGAAAUGGCAGGAUUUUCACUCGUAUAGGUCUUAUAUAGGUUUAAAUGCAGUGAAUCCAACAACACCACGGGUACACUUUUAUCUAGAAAUUUUCAUUCACUGGUAAUAUGUCGUCCGUAGGGUGCUAAACCAAUCAGUUCCAUUUGUCAACUGACAGAUGUCUUGGAAUAGAUUUGAGAGGAUGACGGGUUGGGUCAGCAGCGUUUUGAGAGAUUUAGGGGAAGGAUUAAGAGCAGUUGCAAUGCUCUGAGGCAAAGUAACACGUUUUGCGAUGUAUGCAUGUCACAGAAGUUCCGUCACAAAUCUGAAGCCCCCUAUUACUAUAAUCAGUGGUGACCUUUACAUACACGGAUGAUGAACGGCUUUGUCUUUAUGUUUCCCGGCCCCAAAAUGGUCCCUUGUGACCAAUUCUACAAAGUAAAAUUCUACUUUAUACCCCCCAAAAAAAAAAAGAAAUGGUAAAAAAAACACCCAUUUAAAUGCCAGCACAAAUUCUCUCAUCUUACUACCUUUUUAAAGUUAUGUUUGCAAGAAGUUAUCCCAAACUCCUGUUCUUUGAUCUAUGAUUCUGGAAUGAUUUUGCCUAGCUAGAAUGAUGGGUGAUGCAUGCAUUUUGCAAAUAGAGACUUCGUUUUUGGUAGUUAUUAAAGUGGUACUAUAUGAAAGGUAAUAAUAAAAGGCUGAUGAUAUGCAAAUGUUUAUAUAUUGAAACAAAUUUAUAAUCAAUAUACAGUAAGCUGACAAUGAAAAUUGUGCGAACUACCAUGUAACAGUUUAAGGUAAAGUCUAACUGGAAGUUGGUUUAAGUGAGAGAAUUCUAUUGAUGAAAUUAUGGCAAAUAUCUUUUAAAGAACAACAGGGUUUUUUGGAAAGUAAGAUUUUUGUUAGUAUCCAACUUUUUUCAAUUAGCCCGAAUUUGCCAGUUUUUCAUCUGAUGAUGAUUUCAAAUAGCACAUUUUUUCAACACAAACGAAUGUUUUCAUUUGCAUUUGAGUGGCGUAAUAUUGAAUACCUUGCAUUUCAGUUUCUUUGUGGGAGUUAGAAAUCAACAAGAAUUAGGUUCAGGAGUGACAUGUUGUUUUGUAUGUGUGCUUUUUAGCUAACUAAUGCAGUGUCGAUGAAUGGGUUUGUUACCCUCUAGCUAUGUUGUGUACAUGUAGAGGUGAUGUUUGGUUUAUUGGACAGUCUCCAGUUAGAGAAUCAAAAGCAUUAGGUUCAUUUCCCCCACUAUAGUGAUCCUUUGGUACUACAUUAACCCAUGUGAAGUAAAUGGUAUGAAUUGGUUCCUUCAAAUGCUAGAUUGUCAUGGCAACCAUGCAGUAGUUGAAGUGAUAAUCGGUUCCCCGAAUCUGAAAUCUGAA